UGUUUCGGUUACACCUUAUUUUCACCAAUUUUGCAAAAACCCAUUCAUUUUUCCAUAGGGAUUUUUUCUUCUGAACCAGGUGUUAAAAUGCUACUAAAAACUGCAAACUUCCCCAUCAACUCCCAUAUCUAUACUUUAUGGAGAGCGACGAAUUAUUUUCUCCUCCGGUGUGGGUGUGGCUUUGCGCUCUGUCUCUACGUCAUCCAUUUGCGCCGGAAAGGGUGGUAACGAAAGGCUCAUCAGGCUGAGUUGGCUGUCUCGUCCGUGUGCCUGGCCGUGACUGUCUCAGCGAAUUGUUGUUGUGGGCAAGUCGAGGGUACAGGAGGAGAGGAAGAGGGAGUGAAAUCUCGGUCAUACGAAUAUUACAAACCGAAUAUUUUGUUUAUUCCCAGAAACCGUUUUCAACGUCUCUUAAUUUUUUCGACGCCAUGGACACAGCCAAUCAAGACAUCAAUCUUAACUCCCCCAACAAAGGUCUGGGCACAAAUGACCUCUCGGAUGUCCCCGUUGAAGGAGCAGUCGGGAAUGCUGAAAGAACGCUGCCUCCUGGCAUGACAGAGGAGGAGGCGGAGGAGCUGCGCACAGAGCUCACCAAGGUGGAAGAGGAGAUUGUUACCCUGCGCCAGGUGCUCUCGGCAAAAGAGAAGCAUUCCACCGAGCUGAAAAGGAAGCUAGGCCUCAGCCCUCUCGUUGAGCUCAAACAGAACCUCACCAAAGGCUGGCAGGACGUCCAGACCUCAAAUGCCUAUGUGAGAACCACAGAGCGACUCAGCCAGUGGAAUGAGAACGUUAUUGGCUCUGAUCUAUAUCUUUCAGCGGCAGCAACUCUGGAUGACAUUGCCCAGUCAGAAGCAUAUAAAAAGACUCAGGAAACCCUGUCUCAGGCAGGUCAGAAGACCUCUGCUGCUUUCUCCACCAUGGGCACAGCCAUCAGCAGGAAACUGGGUGACAUGAGAGCUCUACCUUUCUCUCAUUCUUUUGGUGGCAACUACUCCAUUCGCCACUCCAUAAGUAUGCCAGCCAUGAGGAACUCCACCACCUUCAAAUCCUUUGAGGACAAAGUUGGAAACAUGAAGACCAAAGUGGUGGGUCCUCGGGCUAAUGGAGAGGAGCUCCAGUCCCCUGAGGAGACUAACCCCGUACAGGACAAUGCCCCCUUCUAGAGCAGCCACGCAUGCCUCCCAUGCCCCCUCCCCACCCAGACUGUACAGUCGCAUCAUCUCUCUCCAGUGACGCCGGCCAGCCACCUGUGACCUCCAGCUCCUGGCACCUCCAUCCACGCCCCCGACCUUGACCUUGACCUCCUGACCCUCCAAACAGCAUGUGCUCAUGUCGCCAAUCGGAAACAGCACCGCAGGCACCCAUACUCACCUGAAAGCAUCAUGACAUGAAAUCGACAGAUGUAAAAAUAAAAAUUAACACCAAAAACAGACAAUAAAAGAUGUUAAACCAUUUUGUAUUAUAAACUAUUUUACACUGCUUUGCAUAAUGUUUUUACAUAACUUUUAUCUAUAUACAAAGAUAUAUAUAUGAACAACUAUAUUUAAAGUGUACUGCCAAGCAGCAUUCAUCAAUAGGUGAGGGAAAUCUGCAUAAAAAUAAAUAAAAAGAAAAGAGAUCAUGUAUUGGAGGGGAAAUUAAACAAUUACAAUUUUAAAAUUCAAACAGAAAAGAGGGUAAAUGAUCACAGUAUUCUAAACUGCUGACCAUUCAACUCCAGUCUUUUGUUUUUCUUAAACUAAGUACAAUGUGAAGCAAUGCUUUGCAGUACAUCUGGUGAAUGUGGAAUCUCUCAGCCUUACACUUUGUCACUAGUGUUUGCUCGAUCUGUCUGAUUUCUGUUUUUUUUCUAUGUUUUAUGCUUUAUUAUUAUGUUUAUUAUGUUUGUUUGUUUUUUUUGUUUGUUUUUUUGUUUUUUUUGUUCUCCUUCAUUUCCUGUCAGCUGAGUUUAAAGUAAUGUACAGGGAGGGUAACUGAGUUUUGUGUUGAUAAUUUGCCUGCUUUUGUGCCAUACCACAUGUGGUAAUGUUCAGCCGAUGCACGCAAGGCUCUCACUUGCACAUGUACACCAGUCACAUACUUGUCAGUUGUCAAAUCUUACCAGUGAAGGUUCACUUCCAUGUACACUAACCUGGCCCUUAAAACACUGAACCCAAACAACCAUAAUGUUUUUAACCGUGCUGUUGAUUGGUUGAUUUACUAGAGACUUGACACUACGGCCAUUUUGAGCAUUGCACGGUCACUUUUGUACUUCAACGAUAAGAAGUAGAUUGCCAAAAUUGGCCUGCCAAAAGUCUUUUUCUGUUUGCCUUCAGUACACUCACUGUGUCCUUUUCUGUGGCCGCACAUUGAAAGAUUUUGGUAGUUUACAGAAACCAAGAUUGGGGGGGGGGGGUUAAGGAUUUGUAUUUGGUCUCCACAAGAUAAAACAAAAUAUGAAGAAAGCUGCCAUUAUUUGAUAGAUGUAGGUUGCGUGUCAUCAAUGAAAUUCACGUUGUGCUAUUGGAAGUGUAGAACACUGCAUACAUAGUUUGUAUAGAAUGAGGGCUAUUGUGUUUUUUUGAGGUUAUGGAGGCAGUAAGUAUUCUGAAAUCUCAUGGGCUAGUUACUUUAGGCUAAACACACCAUAGAGCUUUAAUUUAGGUAUCUGAAUUUUAGAUGUACAGAGGAAAUGUAAUUGUUUUGUUUGGAGCCAACUGUGAUGGAUCAGUUUUCAGUUUAUGUUUUUACUCUGUUUGGGAUAUCAAUAAAGCAUUCCUUAAAAUAA